GUCAAGAUGGUUUCGACAUUUUUUGUGCUCAUGCUCAUGAAUAUCAUCAAAACUGGCCAUGUGUCAGCCCUUGGAUCUUGCCCAAAAUGUGGCAAUGUGGAAGUUCCAUACCCUUUCAGCACAGAUGACACGUGCGGAGACUCAAGGUACAAAAUCUACUGCAACAACAGCAACAAUGGCAAUAGCAUUCUUGAGUUCAAGUCAGCUGAAGGGUUUUACUACAAGAUCCUCAGCAUUGACCCAAGUGCUCAGAGGCUCAUCAUAAGCCCACCUGAUCUGGUACAAGAUGGUGACACGUGUCAAACUUCUGAUUUCUCUCUUCAAGGCUUGAGGCUUGAUGAACACUUGCCCUUCAAUGUGUCCACUCGCAACACAGUCAUCUUGCUCAAUUGCUCUGACAAUCUGCUUCGAUCUCCACUCAACUGUACCUCAAAUAGCCUCUGUAGGGUUUUUCAGGACAAAAUGUUGGAGGGAAAAAACAAUGCAUGCAAAGGUGGCCUCUGCUGCCAUUACUUGAAAGAUUCACAUAUGACUUCAUAUGUGAUUAGGGUUAGGGUUGGAGGCUGCACUGCUUAUACUUCUGUGGUUGAUAUUCGACCCGAAGAUCCUGUUGAGAAAUGGAGCUAUGGCAUUGAGCUGCAAUGGCUGCCUCCGAAUUAACCGAGUUGAGUUUGUUGGGUGUGCUUAUGGAAGAGGAGAUUAGAAUCUAAUAAAUGUUAUUAGUAUCUAUGCAUUUCUUUGCAACCUAAUGUAACAAAGUUGUUUUCUUUCUCUUGGUCUUCAGCUGCUUUCUGUGGUUCAUGUUUAAUUUUGUUCUGAUUGUUGGUUUAGUAAAUUCUGGCCUUG